UUGCAACGCGGCAUUCUGGGUACUGUUACGAAAUGGCGGACUCGUCAAAUGAAGACGAACCUGCUUUAGCUGCUCCAGUGUUUUUGCUUCAGAAAGACAGAGGGCAAAAGAGGUCAGCAGAUGGAUCGAGUGCAGAGGAUGGAGAUGAUUUCUCAGAUUCUGAUCGAGAUGAUGGCAGCUAUUAUCCCCCUGCUAAGAGAGAGACAUUAUCAUCUUUCACUCAAUUUCCACCCUCUCACUCUGUGUCUAGGAAUAAUGUUUUUAUGCCAUCCAGUUUUUGCCCGUCCCCAUCUGGAAAUUCUGAUUCAGAGCCCGAGGAGAAGGUUGUUGGGUUUCGUCUCCGUCCACCGACAUUAAUACAUGGCCAAGCCCCAAGUACUGGAGUCCCAGCACAGAAACCUAAGGAACAGCAGCGCAGUGUGCUCCGCCCACCUUUGCUUCAGGCACCUCCCACCAAGCCACUCGGCUCAUCUAAUGUUAACAGCAACAGAAAUGGAGCAAAUAAGCCAUCAGAAGCACAGGCUGCAGCUGACAGGAGCUCUGAUGGAGGCACACACCCCAAUGACCGGUUACUAAUAACGAAAAACAAGGGAAACGAUUUGCAAAAGAAUGGACAAGUGAAAGAAAGGGCCCUUCCCCACAAGACUUCAUUUGUGUUUGGCCAGAAGAUCGAAGACAGAAUAAAGGUGGAUGACGCGUCAGAAUACGGGGACUCCAGACAAGCGACGUCUCAAAAGUCAGAAGCGACUAAUUAUUUCUUACAAUACAUCAAUGCCACAAGCCUGCAGAAAGUUGAGGACUGCAGUGGUGAAAAGUUUGUUUUUGGACAAAACAUGUGUGAUCGUGUUUUGAGCCCGUUGAAAUGCUGCAAACCAACAACAGAGGGCAGUGUGGAGUCUAAAUCGGACAGUGGCCCAGCCAGUGAACCAUGCUCGUCACAAGAUGUCAACUCUGAGCAAGAUGCUAACGCAGCAGAGUCUUUGGAGGAGUCAGCAGCAGCCUACACAAAAGCUACAGCCAAGGAGUGCUUGCUGGGGAGAGUGGAGGUGCAGACCGGAGAGGAGUCCGAAAGCAAUGUCCUACAGAUCCAGUGCAAGCUGUUUGUUUUUGAUAAGAGCUCCCAGUCAUGGGUGGAGAGAGGUUGCGGACUCCUGAGACUCAAUGACAUGUUGUCCAACGAUGUCCACAAUGGAAACCUGCAGUCCAGAUUGGUGAUGAGAACCCAAGGAAGUCUUCGCCUGAUUCUGAACACAAAGCUGUGGGCCCAGAUGCAGGUGGACAAAGCAAGUGAGAAGAGCAUUCGCCUCACCGCCAUGGACGCGGAGGACCAAGGAGUGAAGGUCUUCCUCAUAUCAGCAAGCUCAAAGGACUCGAGCCAGCUGUUUGCCGCCCUCUACCACCGCAUGUUGGCCCUGCGUAGCCAUUGCGAGCAGCCGGCCGGGCCGCAGACGGCCCUUCCUGAGGCAGAGGGCGAGGCCGGCCGGUCCAGCGAUGAAGACGAGUCCCGCACUGCCGGCCCUGCUCCUGCCACAGGUAUAAGAGAGGGAGGUGAGUUUCAGCCCCCAGAGAGCACGUAGCAGGGCCUGCCCAGACCCCUCCGACAGCACCGCCCACAGCCUUGGCUCUCCUGCCCCAUGGCCUGAAGCCUAACUCCAAGAGGAUCCUUAUGCAGGUCUUUCUUUCUAAACUCUCUAACAGUCAUGGGGUGAAUAGCACUUUUCUUUGGAGUCUUAAACAUAAGUGACGAUCGAUUUUCUAGAACGGGGAGUUUAAUUCUCAAGCUCAUCACAUUGAUGUGCAAGAUGUUGUUUGGGGUUUUUAAACUUUUUUUUGUUUGUUUCCAUUUUUUACACAGGGUGGAUUCAUAAUUUUAGUAGUUUGUAGCACACUCAUUUUAAAAGAGCGCUAACAUUUGGAGCAGUAAAGCAUUCCUUAGAUUGCCAGACAAAGCAUAAAGUGUAUAGUUGUUACAGUUUAAACAUAACAAGAAUCCUUGAUCCCUUUGCUCUUCUGCAGGGCUUUUGUGGUUUAAACCCCGCUAUAGCCAUCGAUUUUAUGAAUGCGAAUUUAAGUUUGGCAAUAAGUGUAAUAUUAUUCAGUUGUGUUUGAUGCUUUAAGACAGUAUUUUAACAAAAAUAAAAUUGGACUGUGACCUUCUUUACUUGCAUACCUUUUACAGAAAAAACAGUUGACAACGCAUUGUGUUGCUUCUACAAAUGAAUUAUAAUACCUUAUUCUGAAUUUAAAUAGGACUUUAAGUAACUUGGAGCCCGUGGGAUUGGAAAACAAUUCCUUGCUUUAUUUCAUGGGGUUGAAGCAUGAUGCAAAAGCGCAAAGUCAAACCACAAUGCAUAAUGUGUCAUAAACGCCCUGGUCAUUUUUAAUUGUUGCCUUUUAUCCUUGAAUGAGUAUUUGAAUGAGAAUGAGUCUCUGUUUUUACUGUAAAACCUUCAUUUGUCCUAAAAAUACACACUUUAUUCUGUGUUUUCUUAAUUAUUUUCCAUUCACACUGGAGACAUAUUGGCAGGUGGUCCACCGUAUCCACCCCGGAAAGCAUUUACAGCAGACAGCAUUGACAUUAUAAUCUCAGUUAAAUGACAUGACCAUUUCUUUGAAGACCUAUAGAUUCUGUAAGACAUCAUGUGGGAUAUCUAUAAUCUCCUCCAAUACUUGAUGUUUGUGAAAAGCAUCUUUAAGGAAGUGUAGUGAUAGUUUUAAAAGCUUUAUUAAAUGCAGCUCCCCCUUUUUAAACUCUUUAUAUUCAAACCAACGCGAUAAGUCAAAUGAAAAAUUGUGGUGUUGUAUACUACUACCCUUGUACCAAAAAACCUUUGAUGUGAAAAUGGUAAAAUGUUAAUUGGUAUUUCAUGCAUUCUGUAGAUUGUUGUGGUGUCUGCAUUUUUUAAACGUUUAUUUAUUCCCCAUGUAUUUAAUCGUGAUGCAUCUCACGGGGCUCUGAUUUGAAUGUGUAGCUUUUCUGUAUUUAAAGGGCAGUGGAUGUUGCUCACUCUCUCAUCUGUGUAAGUUUUGUCCCAUCCGUAUGAGGGAG